AUGAAGGUGCCCGAUAAAAGUCUAAAGAAGCUGAUAAACAAAUUCCAUCGAAAAUGUAAUGAAAAAUAUGCACCCGAAAAAUCUCUGCUUGAUUCCAAAGUCAUCGAACGCAAUGUGUUGAACUUAUUUAAACCAGGGUUAAUUCCGGGGUUUGAUCCAGCAGAAUUUGGAUUAGACGAAGAGAAAAAAACGCAUUCGACUUCUUCACAAAUCACAUCUCUUAAUAACAAUCGCUCUACGAUAAAUAGCUCGGCCCAAGGAAAUCUGCUAGAUAGGGCUCUCUUGGGCGGGGAUGAGAAGUCACACGAGAAGAAAAAGGUGUGUUUCCCGUUUUCUUUUUUUGGCGACAAGUUGAUACCACUGAACAACAACUUCUCGUGA